AUGCUUCAUGAUCUGAUUGAGAAUGGUGGAGGUUGUGCUGUCAUUGACGGAGGAUUCGCCACGCAGCUCGAAACUCAUGGCGCCUCCAUCAAUGACCCUCUUUGGAGUGCUCUCUUUUUGAUUAAAGACCCACAUCUUAUCAAAAAGGUCCACUUGGAAUACUUGGAGGCUGGUGCUAAUAUAUUGGUUACUUCAUCAUACCAGGCUACACUGCCUGGAUUUUUGUCCAAAGGGCUAUCCAUUGAAGAAGGGGAAUCACUAUUAGGGAGGAGUGUCAAAUUGGCAGUUGAAGCUCGUGAUAGUUUCUGGAAUUCAGCUAAAAGAAAUCCAGGGAAUAAAUACAGAAGAGCUUUGGUUGCAGCCUCCAUCGGAAGCUAUGGAGCUUACCUUGCUGAUGGCUCGGAAUACAGAGGCUUAUAUGGACCCAAUGUGAAUUUGGAGAAGUUGAAGAAUUUUCAUCGCCGCAGAUUGCAAGUUCUUGUUGAAGCGGGUCCGGAUUUGCUUGCUUUUGAGACCAUUCCAAACAAACUUGAAGCUAAGGCUUGUGUCGAAUUGCUUGAAGAAGAAAGUGUUCAAAUCCCAUGUUGGAUCUGUUUUACCACUGUAGAUGGUGAAAAUGCUCCCUCAGGAGAGAGUUUCGAAGACUGUCUUGAAGUAAUAAAUAAGAGUAAUAAAGUAGAAGCAGUUGGUAUAAACUGUGCACCUCCCCAUUUUAUGGAAAAUCUCAUCUGCAAAUUUAAGCAGUUGACAAAGAAGGCCAUCAUUGUUUAUCCCAAUAGUGGGGAAGUAUGGGAUGGUAAAGCCAAGAAAUGGCUACCAUCUAAGUGUUUUCACGAUGAUGAUUUUGGAUUUCAUGCAACAAAGUGGCGUGAUUUGGGAGCCAAAAUAAUAGGUGGUUGUUGCAGGACUACACCAUCCACCAUUCAAAUUAUAUCAAAUGCUUUAAGAGAAAAAUCUUAA